AUGUCCGCCCCCAACGGCGCGCAGCUGCAACAGGACCACUUGAACGGACACAGUGGCUUCCUCCUCGCCGUCUUCUGCGUGGUUUCCGCCUUUGUGAUAUGGCCCGUCCGCAUUCCUCUGCCGGCGGUCGUCGGGCGAUUCUUCCUGCGGCUGUUGGAACGCGGUCGAAUCAUCUCCGCGUCAGCGUACGAUGAGCGGUCGGCACGGACAGUGUACUUUUCCCUCUCGCUUAAGACCGCCCCUGUGAUCGGCGUCAUUCUGUUGCUGGCGACGACGACGAUUCACGGCAGUACAAUCAAGCUCGGCAUAAAGGGCGACGAGACUAUCAAGCCUUACGACGUGCUGGUCUUGUUCAUUUCACUUGCUUACAUUUCAAUUGCGCUGGAUGGAACGGGCGCCCUUGAGGCGGUUGCGCUCUGGGUUUCAAAGCGUGGAGGAAGCUCGGGCAGGCUGUUGUUCACCUAUCUCUACUCGUUUUUCUUGCUCACCGCGUGCAUUGUCGGAAAUGACCCCUUGAUUCUUUCAGGAACUCCCUUUCUGGGCUACCUCACUCAUCACACCAAGCUGCAGCCCGAAGCAUGGAUCUUUAGCGAGUUUAUGGCGGCAAAUACUGCUUCGGCCGUCUUGGUCUCUUCCAACCCCACCAACAUCCUCAUCGCGGGAAGCUUCUCUUUGAAUUACCUGACCGAUUUCACCAAGUGGACCAUCCUGCCUUCGAUCGUUCCCGCAAUUCUGACCUAUCCGAUCCUGAUGGUCAUGUUCUGGAACAAGAUCCCCAAGACGCUGACUCCGCUGACCGACGACCCCUGGUUGAAGCUGCGCGACCGGCCCGGUGCAAUCGCCCUCAGCUUGCUCAUGCUGGUCACGGUCGCAGUCCUGGUCGGGACGAGCUUUGUGCCCCACCAAGCAGUUGAGGUGUGGAUGGUGACGGCUCCGGCCGGCGUACUGGCAUUUUCGUUCAACAUCGCUCGAGACUGGUGGGAUUCGAAAGCUCAAAGAAACGCCGCGGUCGAGCAGACAGCCGAUGAGAACGCCAAGAAUCAAGUCGUCCACGCUCCUGGCACUGACCCUCGUCAGAACACCGCGACGUCUGAUUCUUCCAACUCAAAAUCGGGUCACGCAGGAUUUUCCCCUACCCUGAGACCGACUGCAAAGCCGGUUGCACGCGAAACGACCAGUCUCAUGUCAUUGAUGAGGAGGCUGGCCCGUCGAUUUCCGGGAACCACAAGAACGAUUAUCCGCUUACCCAUUCCCCUCUUGCCCUUUGCCAUGUGCGAAUUCAUCCUGGUGCGCGGUCUGCAGCAACGCGGCUGGAUUGAAGUCUUUGCGCGAGGGUUCGCGAACGCGUGCACGACUCCUGCCAUGGCGGUCUUCUUCAUGGGCUUCGUCAGUGCGGCGUUCUUGUGUCCUCUUGCCGGCACCAAUAUCGGCGCAACCAUCAUUCUGGUGGAGAUCAUGCGACAUCCCGCCUUCUCUCAGUCCGCUGCUGUCCUUGCGGACCAUCGCGUCCUGUUGGCAGCGAUAUACGCCGUGGCGAUGGGAAGUAACAUUGGAGCAUUCAGUUAUACGUUCGCCGGCAGUCUUGCGGGGCUGCUGUGGCGGGAUCUCUUGGCCGACAAAGACAUCAAGGUCAGCCAGCUAAAGUUCGCACUGAUCAACGCCGUGCCUCUGCUGAUGCAAAUCACCGUCUCGUCUGCCAUCGUCCUGGGCGAGGUAUACUGGUUUGCUUGA